AGCAGUGCCUGCCCACGUGAGCUAGGCGACAUCCCCCUAAGCGGCUGCGGCGCAUGCCCACAGCGGGCGAGGCGCUAGAGGCGGAGGCGCCGGGAGGCGCGGGCUUUGCUCCUGGGGUCUCGGCCUUGGCCGGCUGGACCUGACCCUAGGGCGGCUUGCGCAGCUGUCGGGACGUGACUGCGUUCAGCCGCGUCGGGCGUGCUUUCCAGACUUGCCCAAGUUCGGGUGCCCUAGCUGCCCCUUUGCAGCCGCUGGCCUACCCCGCCCGCGGGAGCUCAUAUCCUUAUUUUCCAUGACAGAUCUUAACGACAAUAUAUGCAAAAGAUAUAUAAAGAUGAUAACUAAUAUAGUUAUACUGAGCCUGAUCAUUUGCAUUUCGUUAGCUUUCUGGAUUAUAUCAAUGACUGCAAGCACCUAUUAUGGUAACUUACGACCUAUUUCUCCGUGGCGUUGGCUGUUUUCUGUUGUUGUUCCUGUUCUGAUCGUCUCUAAUGGCCUUAAAAAGAAAAGUCUAGAUCACAGUGGGGCUCUAGGAGGGCUAGUCGUUGGAUUUAUCCUAACCAUUGCAAAUUUCAGCUUUUUUACCUCUUUGCUGAUGUUUUUCUUGUCUUCUUCGAAACUCACUAAAUGGAAGGGAGAAGUGAAGAAGCGUCUAGAUUCAGAAUAUAAGGAAGGUGGGCAAAGGAAUUGGGUUCAGGUGUUCUGUAAUGGAGCUGUACCCACAGAACUGGCCCUGCUGUACAUGAUAGAAAAUGGCCCCGGGGAAAUCCCAGUCGAUUUUUCCAAGCAGUACUCCGCUUCCUGGAUGUGUUUGUCUCUCUUGGCUGCACUGGCCUGCUCUGCUGGAGACACAUGGGCUUCAGAAGUUGGCCCAGUUCUGAGUAAAAGUCCUCCAAGACUGAUAACAACCUGGGAGAAAGUUCCAGUUGGUACCAAUGGAGGAGUUACAGUGGUGGGCCUUGUCUCCAGUCUCCUUGGUGGUACCUUUGUGGGCAUUGCAUACUUCCUCACACAGCUGAUUUCUGUGAAUGAUUUAGACAUUUCUGCCCCGCAGUGGCCAAUUAUUGCAUUUGGUGGUUUAGCUGGAUUACUAGGAUCAAUUGUGGACUCAUACUUAGGGGCUACAAUGCAGUAUACUGGGUUGGAUGAAAGCACUGGCAUGGUGGUCAACAGCCCAACAAAUAAGGCAAAGCACAUAGCAGGGAAACCCAUUCUUGAUAACAACGCAGUGAAUCUGUUUUCUUCUGUUUUUAUUGCCCUCUUGCUCCCAACUGCUGCUUGGGGUUUUUGGCCCAGGGGGUGAACUUUAUUUCAUUUCCACAGGUUGAAACUGGUGAGUCCAGCUAAAUUUGCAAUUCCAACUUUCAUCCUAAGAAUAAUAACUGUAAUGGCAAAGCAGAAAUGCCAGUUCCUCCUGUAUUCCAUUGAGAUGGGAUUUCACAUUUUCCUCUCAUCAACUCCCCUGUAACAGCUAGCGUCUUUCUAGUGAAAGAGAAGAAUUCCUAGAACUUAUGCAUUUUUUUUCUGCUGAAUGGAAGUCUUGAGCAAUGAAGCUAUAUUGUCCCUACAUAUUACUAUAUAUUGAACUGAAAGUUCUUACAUAAUCAAUGUCAAGUUUUGUCUUAUUUUGUUUUGUUUGUUUAAACCAGUGUAGGAAAUAAAAGUGAUGAUAUUUAAAAUAGUUCUCAGUUGAAGCAGAGAAAUGCCACUGUGCUAGUUGCCCAAAUGUUGUGUCUAUUUUAAAUUGUUUAAGCUGAUGUGUAUGGGAGCCUAAACAAGUGUAGUAUCCUGAACUUCUCCCAUUAAUUGCUAUUCACAAUUGGGAAAAGUGUGGAGAUUGGUUCCUAGUGAGUUUUGCGGCCUACUCCACAUUUGUUCUUCCUUCCUCAGGGUUAGUGAUGAAAAAAAGUAAAUAUCUUUUUCAUAUGUCCAUUAGAAUGUAUGAAAAAAAUCAUUUUAACUAAAAGCAAAAGAAUUUUAUCUUAUAUCUAAAAAAUGUAUAACUUACUAUAUGUUUCAGUUGCUCUCUGAACAAAAAUUAUCUUCAAUUUAAUAUGUGGAAUGUGUUUUCUAGCUUUCUUUGAAUUAUGUAUGGCAACCUGGUUUAGCACUGGCAUCCUGAACAGUUAAGAGUCACUGGGAAAUUAUUGUAUUUCUUUAUAAAUUUACUAUCAUAUCAAUUGCUGGAAAAUGCUAUGAUUUUUCUAUUAUUACCUUCUAAGUUGUAUUCUCUCUUACACUGUAGCCUCAACUAAGGCAAUUCUGCUGUUUGUUCUUCACUAUGAUUUACUGUGUGCCAAAGGAGUUUUGACAGGAUACAGAGUAUUUUACUAAAAGUAUUUUUAAAUGUU